CUCUAAGUCUCUGUGUCUCUAAGUCUCUAUGCCUCUAUCUCGGCAGGCGGGAGGAGGCGGUGGUGGGUCGGCUGCGGGCCCUGCUGGCCUCCGCCGCUCACCUUCCCGAGUAUACGCUGCGCCUGGUGCGUGCCGAUCAGGACAGCGUGGUGCACAUCGUCCUGGAUAUCGUGCAGCAGACCAGCGAGACGGCGGGAUCGGCGGGUGACGGACGGUCAGACGACUUCCAGCCCUCCGCCGACGCCCAGUGCACAGAGGACGAGUGGCUUCUGCUGCAGCUGCCGGCGUGUAACGCCGUCUCUGCGGGCCUCCUGCUCCGGCGGGCCGGAGGGCUGCAGCAGCUGCGCGCUGCUCCGCUCGGACGGCUCGUUCAGAUCAUGCCAGAGCUGCCGGUCAGGGUCCUGGCAGCCCUGCAGCGCCACCUACAACAGCCGAAACAGACGACAGCGACACCGGGUGACUUCUGCGUAGAUGGUAUGGCACCUAUGAACAACCAAGACCUAACCGGCCCGGGCUUCCUGUCGUUGCCUCGGCCGCCUUCGCCGCCCACAGCGGCCUUCCCUUCCGACGUCCUCCGACGAGAGCCCACCGUUCCCUGUAGCCGUCAUCGGCGGCCCGGGCUCCAUCCCGACGUUCCCCCGUUUGGCACAGAGUGCCACACACGGCCACCGUACGAUGACGAGUCAGACGGGGACUAUGGAUCGCGUCAUCACCCGGUCUACGGCGGGCGGUUCGACCGACAGCACGGCUCGGAGCACGGCCUGGAGCACGGCGGCUCUGCGGCCGACGGGACAGACGACUGGCUGACCGCCCCGAACGCGGUGGACCUGCUGGCUGCCGAGGCCUGUUCCGACGAGUGCAACCCUCACUGGCUGGAUGAAGACAAUGUGUAUGACGACUCACCGCCAAUGGAAACGAGUCAGUGACGUCAUGGCUUUCCUGGUGACGUCAUCUGGAGAGUCCGGCUGAGCCGAGUGCGGUGGCGGUGGAUAAGGCUUGGAUACUGCUUGCACAGCACGCAAAGAGCUAGCUUUCGUACCCAUGACCGGACGAUUGAUCUCGUAAUUUGGCGGCUAGUGAUUGAAAUGCCCAUUUGUUCCGUGGAGUGAGGAAAUAAACGUGUUCAGUUGUCGAA